AGAGCGGAAAGGAUUCCCUUCUUCAUUAAAGGACUCCAAAAGUACAUGGAAUGAGCACUGUAGUGUCCUUUCCGAUUUUCACUCACAAGAAGAAACCAGUAUGCAGUGAAGUGAGGAAACGGCUUUGAAUGAAGAGAUAGUCUCCCUUCAUAAAUUUCUCUUCAAGUCACAGUUGGAUGAAGGUCCUACAGGUAGCUACCUGGUCUGUAACAAGUUCAUUGAAUGACUACAUUUGAGCCAGAAGCUGAAUUGCUUGAACAGGAAUGACUUAAAGAAGACUAGAAAGCAUCUCCAUGCAGGCUCAGUAACACACCGGGGCUCUUCUCAGAAUGACCCAUGGACUGAGUGAGUUUUAUCUUUGAUUUGGGUGAUGCAGCUUAUCUCUAGAAGCCCUCUCUACCUCAGAGACACCCAGGUGUGCACUGAGAAAAGCCCACAAGCAUGGCUCUUCAGAUGUCUGUGCCUUUUAGUCCUUGGAACUCAGUGCUGUUGCUGGUGGCCCUUGCAUGUUCUGAAGCAUCUUCCAGUCUGAAUGUUUCCACAAGUCCCCGUGCCCAGCACAUACCCAGUGCUGGGUUUGCAGCUUCCAGCUCAGAGCCAGAUGAAAGGAUAUCUGUUUUUGAACUGGAUUAUGAUUAUGUGCAAAUUCCUUAUGAGGUCACCCUCUGGAUACUUUUAGCAUCUCUUGCAAAAAUCGGCUUCCAUCUUUACCACAGACUGCCAGGCCUCAUGCCAGAAAGCUGCCUCCUCAUCAUCGUGGGGGCUCUGGUGGGCAGCAUCAUCUUUGGCACUGACCACAAGUCACCUCCGGUUAUGGACUCCAGCAUCUACUUCCUGUAUCUCCUUCCACCCAUUGUUCUGGAGAGCGGUUAUUUCAUGCCAACUCGGCCCUUCUUUGAGAACAUUGGCUCCAUCCUGUGGUGGGCAGGCCUAGGAGCCCUGAUCAAUGCCUUUGGCAUUGGCCUUUCCCUCUACCUCAUCUGCCAGAUCAAGGCCUUUGGCCUCAGUGACAUCAGCCUGCUGCAGAACCUGCUCUUCGGCAGUCUGAUCUCGUCCGUGGACCCUGUGGCUGUGCUGGCCGUGUUCGAGGAGGCGAGGGUGAACGAGCAGCUCUACAUGAUGAUCUUCGGGGAGGCCCUUCUCAAUGAUGGCAUCAGUGUGGUGUUAUACAAUAUAUUAAUUGCCUUCACCAAAAUGCAUAAAUUUGAAGACAUAGAACCUGUUGACAUUUUGGCUGGAUGUGCCCGAUUCAUCAUGGUGGGAUGUGGAGGAGUAUUUUUUGGCAUCAUUUUUGGAUUUAUUUCUGCAUUUAUCACACGUUUCACUCAGAACAUCUCUGCAAUUGAACCCCUCAUCGUCUUCAUGUUCAGCUAUCUGUCUUACUUAGCAGCUGAAACACUCUAUCUCUCUGGUAUCCUGGCAAUCACAGCUUGUGCAGUGACAAUGAAAAAGUAUGUGGAAGAAAAUGUGUCCCAGACAUCCUACACGACCAUCAAGUAUUUCAUGAAGAUGCUGAGCAGUGUCAGUGAGACCUUGAUCUUCAUCUUCAUGGGCGUGUCCACCAUUGGGAAGAACCACGAGUGGAACUGGGCCUUCAUCUGCUUCACGCUGGUCUUCUGCCAGAUAUGGAGAGCCAUCAGCGUAUUUGCUCUCUUCUAUGUCAGUAACCAGUUUCGGACUUUCCCCUUCUCCAUCAAGGACCAAUUCAUAAUUUUCUACAGUGGUGUGAGAGGAGCUGGAAGUUUUUCACUUGCGUUUUUGCUUCCUCUGUCCCUUUUUCCUAGGAAGAAAUUGUUUGUCACUGCUACAUUAGUAGUUAUAUACUUUACUGUAUUUUUUCAGGGAAUCACAAUUGGUCCUCUGGUCAGGUACCUGGAUGUCAGAAAGACCAAUAAAAAAGAAUCCAUCAAUGAAGAGCUUCAUAUCCGUCUGAUGGAUCAUUUGAAGGCUGGAAUCGAAGAUGUGUGUGGGCAAUGGAGCCACUACCAAGUGAGAGACAAGUUUAAGAAGUUUGAUCAUAGAUAUUUACGGAAAAUCCUAAUUCGACAGAAUCUACCGAAAUCAAGCAUUGUCUCUUUGUACAAGAAACUGGAAAUGAAACAAGCUAUUGAGAUGGUGGAGUCUGGGAUACUAAAUUCCACAGCUUUCUCCAUUCCUCAGCAGGCCCGAAGGAUACAGGAAAUCAAACGGCUUUCCCCUGAAGACGUGGAGUCCAUGAGAGACAUUCUGACACACAACAUGUACCAAGUUCGACAAAGGACCCUGUCCUACAACAAAUACAACCUCAAACCACAAACAAGUGACAAGCAGGCUAAAGAGAUUCUGAUUCGCCGCCAGAACACUUUGAGGGAGAGCAUGAGGAAGGGUCACAGCCUGCCUGGGGGAAAGCCGGCUGGCACCAAAAACAUUCGCUACCUCUCCUUCCCCUGCAGCCAUCCCCAGCCAGCAAGGAGAGAAGGGAGGGCUGUUGAAUCCACAGAUGAUGAUAGCAGCAAUUCAGGAUGUCCAUCCAUCACGUUCAGCCCAUACUCUCAAACAGGGUUGCUUCAGGAAAGACGACCUACACAAGAAAUGAUCCCAAUGAAGCCCUUGCACAGAGGAGGAAAGGCAUUCAACUUAGGCCAGCAAGGCGACAACAGCCAGGAAGAGCAUGGUGGCAGAGGCAGGAGGGUGGUUUUGAGGCCCAAGCCUCUGUUUCACGCUGUGCAUGAGGAGUAUGAAUCUGAAGGGGAGACAGAGGAGGAGGCUUCAGCUACUCAGUCUAGAUGGUCAACUGAGCACAGACAUGGCAGGGAACGUUACAAGUCCCAUAGUCCUUUGCUCCAAAGAAAAUAG